UAAGGCACCAGACAGCGCCCUGUUUUAUAACGUUUUGGUUACAAUUGCGUUCUCGUACGGUAAACUAAACGUCUUGAAGGGACGCGCCUUGUAACGUCAGGCAAAGCUUCGUCUUCAUCUCGGAUGGUACAGAAUCUACAGGAUUAACAGCUCAGCCUGCGAGACAGUGUUAUGGCUUUGAAGAAAAAUGUGAACAAUAGAGAUCGGCAAUUGUUUGUGUGAGCAGCGACUGAUAACCUUGGUCAAGUGCUUCAACGAUAUACAGGAGUAAGGGCGUUCAGCUUUUGCCGAGGCGGCAGUAGGAAGAUAUAAGGCAUUUUCUGGCAGGGUAUUGUACGUCUCACGUUUCCACAAGAGCUUAGACAUUUACCACCCCUUUCUACGGGUUGGCGCCUGUUCGAUAAGUUCCCGUACACACCAUUUACGAAGCACACACAAAGAGGAGGAGGAGCGUCGACCGGUUUGCUAUACACGUAGCUUUGCUUGCACAGUUUACGCUCUUUCGAUCGUCGCGUCUGUGAGCUGCAUGGAGAAAACUGAGGCUGGGCUCACCUCGCACUCGCACGACGGGAUCGCGAUCGAGCAGGGCAGCGAGGAGAUGUCGCCCGACGCCGCCAACAGGUACGCCACCAAGAAGACGGUGGCCCAGGGUUGCUACGACGUCGCCCUGCUCACCAUGAACGCGGCGCAGCUGAAGCGCGCACUGGAGCAGGGGCACCACCACCCGUUCUACGCGCUCGUCGUUGUGCUGGCCAGCGUCUCCAUUGCACUGCAGGUUGUCGUUGGCAUCCUGCUGAUCGUGCUCGGAUGCCUGGACCUAGGCAAACCGCGCCAACGGGGCCCUGCCAUAGUGCUCAACAACGUGGCGACGGCGUUCGUCAUGUCGGUGACGAUCGUGAACGUCCUCGCCGCAUCAUUCGACCUGAGCCACAGCAACUACGAAUCUCUGACACCGACGGCUUUUGCCGGAACCGAGUUGAACAACGAGCUCACAACGCAGGGCCUUUGACGCCUCCGUCUAUUGCUCCUGGAUAAUUCGGCUGUAGACAGCCUAUCGAAGGUGUAUCAAUAAAGCUACGCUUCCAUUUUCUUUA